AAAUCUAGUAGAAAAAACGUUUUGUUUAAUUUCGCAUACUAAGAUGCCUAACUAUUUGGAUGUCAGUGAUGAUGAUUGCUGAUGGUUAAUGGUCGCUGAUAUUAAUAUCCAUUUAUCCGUCCGAUUUCCUUAUCCGCUUUUACUUGGUUUUAUUCCCAGCCCUUGCGACAGCAAGCGGAAAACGAACAGUCAAAGGAAGUGGUUCUGAGCGGCAUUCCACUGCAGCAGCUUCUAGAAUCAACUGAUAGGCAUAUUUCCGAUGCGUUAGACAUAGCUAGUAAAAAUAAAAAAUCGUUUUCUUACAUUUUUUUUAUGUGAAGAUGCAGUUACCGAACUGCGUUUCGACGUUAAUACUGCUGAUGAUCGCUGAUGGGUUGAUUGUGCAUAGUCCUGCUGGUCCUCUGGUUGCUCCUCUGGGAUCUUCAGUAGUUUUGCCCUGUUAUGUUGAUGAACCCUUACUAAUGGAGGAUCUGGAGGUGGAAUGGAGAAGAACAGACUCAGAGACUCUGGUUCAUCUGUAUCAAGAUGGUGAGAGUCGAGCAGAGUCCCAGCAGCAGGAUUAUCAUGGUAGAGCUCAUUUCUUUACUGAUCAGAUUCAACAUGGAAACUUCUCCCUCCGUCUGGACAAUCUGACAGCUGAAGAUGAGGGACGAUACACAUGUAGAGUUUACAGUCAGCAGGAUUCUGGAGAAACUGUGGUUCAAAUAAAAGAUGUUGUUCGUCUGAUAGUAUCAGGAUCGAGUCGCUCCAUAUCUGCGUCUGUGGGUGAGGACGUCACUCUGAACUGCUCUGUAGACUCUCACAUCACACCUGAACACAUUGAAGAGGUUUCAUGGAAGAAAACAGAUGAAGAUGAAGAUAUUCUGGUUCUGCUCUACCAAAACCACGAGUCUUUACCAGAUUCAUCAGAUGAGCGAUACAGAGACAGAGUUGAGUUCUUCACUGCUGAAAUCCUCAAAGGAAACUUCUCUCUCAGACUGAAGAGUGUCAGAACUGAGGAUAAAGGAGUUUACAUGUGUCAAGUGUUUGCUGGAGGACUUUCAGCCAAUGCAACUGUAGUACUGGAGAGACUGGGUUUCUCUGUUUCACACAUAAUGGUGUUGAUUCUCUGUAUUUCUGCAUCUGGAUCUGCACUCCUUCUCUGCUGUCUGAUCUACUGCAGAUCACAUGAUAGAGAUUCACUUCUCCAUCUUCAUGUCUGUCUAGUUUUGUGUCCAAAUAUUUUCAUGUUUUUUGCUUUUGUUUUCUGGGGAGUUUCUGAAGGUUCUCUGAAUGAGUUGAUCUCUUGUUGUGCUCUUUAUUUUCUGAGGCCUCUCAUGUUGCUCUGGGCGGCUCCAUACGUGCAUGAGUUCACAGGCAACAUUAAAACAUGGCUUCUAAAACACAGUUAUAUUGCAGAACACGUUGUCUUCUCAAUUGUUGUUUAUUUAGCUCUUUUCAUAAGUGCUUGGGAAAAACUUGUAAAUUCUGCUAAACUUGAUAUGGUUGUGACAAUAUUCCUGUUUAUAGUAGUGUUUCUGUGCUGCCUCUGCAAAAUCAUUUACCUUUUAAUUGCAGGGAUUGGAAAGAGGAGCGGAUGGAUAAUUAAUUUAUUUGACAUUGUGGCCGAUAUGAUCUUUGAUAUUCUGCCAGCAUUACAAUUCAUCCUCCUGUUCCUCAUAUUUGGAUCUGCCAGAGAAGGAUUCAUCAUUAUUGUAAUUUUACCAGUGUUACUAAUGCUGACGAAUGACAGAUGGUUUACUAGAUGUCGAAGGGUUGGCUGUACAGAGUCGGUCAUGAGAACAGUUUGGUUAAUCUUCAUUUUAUUGAUUAAUUCAGUAAUGAUUGGACUUUACAGGAUGGCAAUAGAAAAAGAAUUAGAUCCUAUCGGAUGGGCUUAUGUGAUGGGGUUUCUACAGAUACUUUGGGCGAUUAUGAAGUUUACAGAUGAGGAUUAUUAUAGAUAUAUUGCUCAGGGUAUAGUAUCGAUCAUCUACUUUAAUCAUCUCAUAUGUUCCUACUUCAUUGGUGGCAUUAAACCAUGGUCUCCAUGGUGGUAUUACAUGGUCCCAUUGUUUAUACAUAGGUAUUCGUAAAAUAUUUACUUAAGAAUAGAUGCUGAAACAUGCUGGACAACACCUAAAAGUAAACAUUAUUACAUUUUUUACAGCUAUAGAAAUGUAAAAUAAAAAAAUAAAAAAAUAAAUAAAAAUUAUCAUAAACAUAUUUAUAUAGUUAUAUUUCUGCAAUUUCAUAUAUAUAUUUUACAACCCUUAACCACACCUAAACAUAAAAAAACCCCCCACUAAACUACCAGGCAACUAACCUUUCUAUUUUCUCUGAAACUAACACUAACUAACUUUCUUAAAAAAAGAAAUAAAAAGAAAUAAAAAUAUGAGCCACAGUAUAAAGAUCAGUAUAAUCACAAUUUAUAAAAAAAAAAAAAAAAGAAGCUAACCAGGCUCAGCUAUACAGUGUGAAUAACGGUGAAUGCGAUUUCACUAUGUAGAAAAUGUUCCUUAAAAAAACAAACAAAAAAACAACAACAUUUCAAUUAACCAGUUAAAAAUGUGAGGGAUACUGUAGGUUUACAGUUAACAGCUCCUUUGACACAUAGCCGGUAAAUUACCAUUUAGUGGUAAAUCAGUUUUGGCAAUUUGUUUGGUAUGAGAAGUUGUAACACCAGUAAAUUAUGGUAUGAUGCUCUGUGCAGAGAAUUAAGCUACUGGUGUGAGCAUGUAGUAGUAAAUCUGGCCACACUGUCAUAGUAAGUUUGUUUUAGGCCAGUCACAACAUUCAUUCAACACUCACUUUAAACAUCAACCUUGCUCCUGACACAAGUAACACUCCUCUAUAUGUUACCUUUUGGCAUUUCUUCUCUUACUAAUGUAUCCACUGCUAAAAUGACCUACUGUCACAACAAAAUUAACAAUUCUUCAGAUUUUUUUAAUGCUUUUUAAAACGUUUUCCUUUCUCCUUUGUCCUCCCCACCCUUUAUCAAAUCUAGCAGCUGAUGACCACGUUCUUCAUAAAUAAAACGGCUACCAUCAGCGACCAAGUUUCCACACCACAAACCAACAACUAACAGCAAACACACACCCUUUUCUCUUUCUCUUUGCUCUUGGAGGCUGUCUCUAGAGUCAUCCUUUCCAAUCACCCUACUACCUGUCCAGUUGAUCCUAUCCCCACUAAUUUCCUUCAUGCUAUUUCUUCUUCAGUUGUACUUGUGCAAACUCACAUCAUUAACACAUCGUUUCAUGCUGGAACCUUUCCUACAGCAUUUAAACAGGCUUGGGUAACCCCACUGCUUAAGAAACCCAACCUAGCACUUUCAGAAAACUUUAGACCGGUAUUCCCUUUUUUCGUUUAUCGCAAAAACAUUUGAGCAAUCCGUGUUCAACCAAAUCUCUGAUUUCUUCUGAUUUUUUUUUUUUUUUUUUUUUUUAUCUCUCCAUUUCUGUCAACCAAGGAAGUUGUGGUUUCUUGCCACUGUCGCUUUUGGCUUGCUUAGUUGGGGACAUUUAAUCUCUGACAAUAUUGUCGGCUUGAUUGCACAGACACUAUUCGAAGUGAACUGAGCUGGAUGGUGACAUCACAGAGUCAACAAUGAACUGACUUUAAGAAAAAAAAUUACUUUUUUAUCAUCCAUCCUACAUUAUCAACACACUAUUUUCUGCUUAACACUGUAAAUCUGCUUUGACACAAUCUGUAUUAUAUAAAGCUGCUCUCUCUCUCUCUCUCUAUAUAUAAAGGUGACUUGACUUGACAAGUUAUGAGACUGGCAAAAGCAGCUUCCAAAUCAUCAGUACUUAUCUUGCUGGACCUGUCCGCUGCUUUUGAUACAGUCAACCAUCAGAUCCUCUUGUCAACCAUCAAGACAAAGGGCAUCACGGGAACCACACUCCUGUGGUUUGAGUCUUACCUCCCAACCGAAUGAUCCAGACAGACAUUUCCUGCUGGACGAUGGACCAUUCCCUUCAGCUGAACCUUGCCAAGACAGAUUUGCUUGUGGUUUUGGCCAAAUCCUACAAGUGACUGGCCAGUUGUGGUGCCAUCCCAAAGAGGCACUAAAUCACUUUCACAGACCUUUACCUUGACUCUUCCCUGCUGGUGGAAUGACCUGCCUAACUCAACCUGAGCAGCUGAGUCUUUCCCCAUUUUUGAGAAAUGCCUAAAGAAGUAUAUCUGUCAGCACAUGACCCAUUAAUACUAGCACUUUCUAUUGUCAAUUUUUUUUCUGUUUAUUAAAAAAAGAAAAAAUAUAUAUUCAGUACAUUGUGUUAGACUAAAUGGGACUUAUCACAACACGGAUAUAUUAGUUUAAUUUGUUUUUCUAUUGCCCUCAUUUGUAAUUAGCUUUCGAAAAAAGUGUCUGCUAAAUGGUUAAAUGUAAACAUAGUUUGUGGUGAGUCUGAAGACCUUAAUUAGUUUGUUCAGAUGUGUUUAAUUAGGGUUGAAGCUAGGUUUGAGUGUGUCUGUAAUAACAUAUUUAUUACACUGCUUAUUGUAGUUGGUAUCUACACAUUUAUUUUCCAUUUUACAGUAUUUUUUUCUUUGUUUUCACAGAUUUAUUAAUUUUGCUUUAGCUUAAUAUGAAAUGUUUAAACUUGCAUUACAGUUUUUCGUCGUUUUGUUCCUGUGUAUCUGUUUGGAUCAGUUGGUGUUGUUUUACUGAACUCUGUUGCACUGAUGACAGAACUAAUACUGAAAACAGUUAAUGGUGAUCGUACCAUUGGAGAUAUGAGAUGCACUGUCUUUCCUCUUGAAAGUGUCUUUACCAUGUUUGUGCUGAUAUUAGGAUUAUUUGCAUCCAGGAUCAAAACAUGUCUGCCAUGUCAGAAUGCUGCAGGAUCUGAUGAAACUCCAGCCAAUGAAUCAAACCACAAUCAGAACUCAGCAGAAUCACUUGCAAUGAAUCCUUUACUGAAUCAAGAUCAGGAUGCUGUCUGUUUGUCUGACACAUUGUCUGUCCAGCGAUCCCGCUGCCAUCUCCCUCUCUGACGGCUACCCCGUGGUUGCAGAGUCUUCUAGGUGGUGUCUGCAUUCACCUAACCCUGCCAAACGGCAAGCUUUUGAGUUCCUUCAGUAACACUUUAUUUUUAUGUUCCCUUUUGAGCAUUCUGUUGACAAUAAGUAACUUUGCACCAUGUCCACUAACUCUCAUUAGAGUAUUAGUAGACUGUCUGCUUAAUAUCAGUGAACUCUUUAUUGUGAUGGUGUCCCAAAAGACAUUCUACUGACUAUAAGUAACUUUGCAAGGGCAUGUCAACUUAUUCUAACCCUACCAGUACUGGUAGGAUUAGAAUAACAAUACUGGUAGUAAGCCUACCAGUCUACUAACACUCUAAUAAGAGUUAGUAGAUAUACAGGUGCAUCUCAAAAAGACUACCUGGUCUCAUGGCAUUUACGUACCUGGCUGCACUUUUUAGCGUGACAUGAAAUACGUACCAAUAAGUACAUAUCACUGCAGUUUCCAAAAUAAAUGAACACUUUCACACAAAUUUACAGAGUUGCGAUUAAUAAAGCGUAAUUUUCGCACAAUUACUCGAACAAUAUCAUGCUAUGACUUCAAAACAAUAUUAAUAUGCUUGGAGAUUUGAAAACUGAUGCUUUUGAACAUUAGCAUCGCACACAUCCAACUUCUUAUCUAUGGGUUUUCAUCGGGUGUGUCUCACUCGUCCUUAAAAGUGAAGCUGCGGGCUGUUUGAUCGCCCCCUGGUGGCUGGCUGCAGUACAGGUCAUAAACUCCGCCCUCUCCAUGUAAACGAAUGGGACUUCAGUCAAAAUAAAAAAUUUAUUACACUUCCAAUACAAUUUUCCGAAAUAUGGUUUUGGUCAUUUAAGGUAGUUGUUAUCACGCUGAUAUAUGUUCAAUUGUUCAUUUUUGUGAUACGUUUGAUUUUAGCUAGUAAUUUGAUGCUAUAAAAACGGGGCGUGUCGUUAUGGUUGAUUGGGUCUGUGGGAGUUUGGGCGGGAGAUUGAUUCCGUGGCUCCACCUCAGGACUCUACUGCGCAGACUCGGGCUCCAAACGAAUCUCUACUGCGCAGACUCGGGCUCCAAAUGACAUCAUUUACUCAAGAUAGCAGCGGCCAUACUGAGAUGUAUUCGCUUCACUUUUCUAUAAUGGAAGGAAGCGGAGAUGCGUCGUCCAUCUUUUUUACAGUCUAUGGUUUUCAUAGAUAACAAGUUUGUUCGGUAGCUCACAGAGUACGGAGUUACACAGGUUCGAAUCCCGUGUAACUACGGUUCGACAAAGCAGUUAAAAUCUGCGUAAAAGGAAGUUCAAAUGGCACAGUUGCAUCUUUUUUAUAUCAGCUUUGCAUUUGUUAACACUAUCGGGUAGGUUUAGGGCUGGAUUUGGUAUAGGGCAUAUUUCCAACACGAUAGAGCGUUAACCUUUAGCGACAGUCCCCGGAUAUUUGAAUUCUGAACCGCCGCAAUACGUAUCUGAAGCAACGUAAUAAAAAAAACAGCAAUACGUACCAAUAUCUACGUAAUAAAAACGUGCCAGGGUUCACAUAUUGAACCUGUGUUUUAGUGCCACUCAGUGGACAUUUCUAUUUGAAACUGCGGCGAAACGUGCAGUAAGGUACGUAAAACGGUGUCGCACAAAAAGUGCGCAGAAGUACGUAUUUUUAUGAGACCAGGUUGCAAAAAGAUUAGAAUAUCGUGAAAAAGUUAUUUUUCUUCUUCUUUUUUCUUGUAACUUGUUUCAAAAAGUGAAAAUUUCAUAAAUUCUAGAUCCAUUACAUGUAAAGUAAAACAUUUCAAAAGGUUUUUUUUAAUUUUUUUUUUUUUUUUAAUUUUGAUGAUUAGAGCUUACAACUCAUGAAAGUCAAAAACACAGUAUCUCAAAAUGUUAGAAUAUUUCCUACGAUCAAUCAAAAAAAGGAUUUUCAAAACAGAAAUGUUCAGGUUUUUUAAAGUAUGUUCAGAGACACACCCUGACACAGAUGCUGCCAGUUUCUAAAUAAUGUGGCUCUAAUUAACUAUUAAUUAACUCUUAGGAUAGGAGGAACUUGUGCAUGUAUGUCACACAAACACUCUCUCACACACACACACACACACACACACACACACACACACACACACAGAGAGAGAUCACACUCACACACACAAAUACACAUG